AUGGCAGGACUUCUGGAGGAAGAAAAAUUGGAUAGUUUCAAUCUUCCACUCUAUACACCUUCACUAGAAGUAGUAAAGUGCAUAGUUGAGGAGGAAGGUUCUUUUGAAAUUUUAUACCUGGAGACUUUUAAGGUCCGUUAUGAUGCUGGCUUCUCUAUUGAUGAUGAUUACCAAGUAAGAUCCCUUUUCCAAGUAUACUGCGAUGAACAUGUUAAAGCAGCGUAUGUGACAUUCUUCUUUAGAGCAGUUUUCGAACCCAUCCUCGCAAGUCAUUUUGGAGAAGCUAUUAUGCCUGACUUAUUCCACAGGUUUGCGAAGAAUGCAGCAAAGGCUCUCCGCUUGGGCAACGGCUUCUAUAAUAGUCUUAUCAUUUCUCUUGCCAAAAAACCAGAGAAGUCAGACAUGUAA